CAAAAUAAGCCUCUGUGGCUGUCACGAAAUUCAGAGAGAAAAUUUUGCAUGCCAAGCACACGACUUUGUACAUAUUCCGUUUAUUUCCCCAAAACUAGUUACUAAAACACACUUCCUAAAGAAAGACGAUGGCGCGCGGACACCAGAAGAUUCAAUCGCAGCAGAAAGCGCAAGAAAAGGCAGCCAAGCUAAAGAAACAGCAAGGACACGGCUUGAGCGAUCAAAUGAAGGCAGCCCAGAAGGCGCUGGUGUUUUCCUGUGCGGUCUGCAAAUCCCAAAUGCCUGAUCCGAAAACGUACAAGCAACACUUUGAAAACAAGCAUCCCAAAAACGAACUACCCGCGGAUCUGAAAGAUGUCUAAGGAACGCCAGCCGUUAUUAUUGCGCGUCGAGCAAAUACGAUCGUCGCACCAUGUACGCAGUACCACUAUCCAAGGAGUGCCGGAGGUUGCGAAGGCGAAGCAUUCUUUGUUUAGGUGAACUUUUUCCCUCCAGUUCUAACCAACCGCACACAGGCAUUGUUUGUCGUCUUCAAUGGAUUUGAUUUCGGGCCCGAUAAUAAGUAGAGAAUUUAAUGCACGCAACGUUAGGGCAAAAGCAUGCUUCUGUUCGGUUUUCUAGGAUACAGGCAGGCUAUCACCAUUCUUUAUUAUUCUGAACAGCAACUAUUCGAUAAAGUAAACUAAUAAAGCCGUUGACAUUUUUUGAAUAA